AAACAAUUUUUAAAGAAGUUGUUAUCCCCAUCGAGCAAAAUCGCACCGCUUGACGCCGAUUAAUUUACUUAAAUUAACUAGUUUAACGUGUUGUAAAGAGUCUUAAUAUAGUUGAAAUAAGUGAAUUAUUGUAAUCUUAAGGAUAGCGAAAAGAAAGUGUGACCAAAAGAGUCAAAAAAUAGUGGAAAAAGGAUUAAAAACUUUUUCAAGCUAAAUACAAAUUUGCGCCAAUUGAAAAAGUUGUUUUAAAAAUCAAAAAUGGGCGAUAGAGCAGAAGUUGCUGAACCUUUUGAUAAUGAUGCUGUCGAGGAACGUGUUAUCAAUGAAGAAUACAAGAUUUGGAAGAAGAAUACACCAUUUCUAUACGAUCUGGUAAUGACUCAUGCAUUAGAAUGGCCAUCAUUAACUGCGCAGUGGCUUCCAGACGUUACAAAACCAGAAGCUAAAGAUUAUACAGUACAUCGAUUGAUUCUCGGUACACACACAUCUGACGAACAGAACCACCUACUUAUUGCAAGCGUUCAAUUACCAAAUGAAGAUUUCCAAUUUGAUGCAAGUCACUAUGACAAUGAAAAGGGUGAAUUUGGAGGAUUUGGAAGUGUUUCAGGAAAGAUUGAGAUUGAAAUUAAGAUUAAUCAUGAAGGAGAAGUGAAUCGUGCACGUUUUAUGCCUCAAAAUCCUUGUGUUAUUGCCACUAAAACACCAUCAUCAGAUGUUUUAGUCUUUGACUACACAAAGCAUCCAAGUAAACCUGAACCGUCAGGUGAAUGUCAUCCAGAUUUGCGUUUAAGAGGACAUCAAAAGGAAGGAUAUGGAUUAUCAUGGAAUCCAAAUCUUAAUGGCUAUUUAUUAUCAGCAAGUGAUGAUCAUACAAUUUGUUUGUGGGAUAUUAAUGCAACACCUAAAGAAUAUCGCAUUAUUGAUGCUAAGAAUAUCUUUACUGGACAUACAGCAGUUGUUGAAGACGUUGCAUGGCAUUUAUUACAUGAAUCUCUCUUCGGUUCCGUUGCUGAUGAUCAAAAACUUAUGAUUUGGGAUACAAGAGUCAAUAAUACCACAAAACCAUCACACACUGUCGAUGCUCAUACCGCAGAAGUCAAUUGUUUGAGCUUUAAUCCAUAUUCAGAAUUCAUUUUGGCAACUGGAUCUGCCGAUAAGACUGUCGCACUUUGGGAUUUACGUAACUUGAAGCUUAAAUUGCACUCAUUUGAGUCGCAUAAAGACGAAAUCUUCCAAGUUCAAUGGUCACCACAUAAUGAGACAAUUUUGGCUAGCAGUGGAACUGAUCGUCGCCUUCAUGUAUGGGAUUUAUCAAAGAUUGGUGAGGAACAAACAGCAGAAGAUGCUGAAGAUGGACCUCCAGAGCUCUUAUUCAUUCAUGGUGGACAUACAGCAAAGAUUUCCGACUUUUCAUGGAAUCCAAAUGAACCUUGGGUGAUUUGUUCAGUAUCAGAAGAUAAUAUAAUGCAAGUAUGGCAAAUGGCUGAGAAUAUUUAUAAUGAUGAAGAGCCCGAAGCAGCAGCAAAUGAAAUUGAAGGAGCAAAUGCUUAAGAAGAACAUUUCCAAUUAAUUUUUUUUAUUAUCAUUAUAAGUUCAC